GGAUGGUAAAACAAUUAAUCGGCCAUUAAUCGGUCUACUAUCUUUGUUUGGCCUACUAACCAUUGUUAUGGCGGCCAUGAAACAAAACUAUGGCGACGCUUUGUCCAAAAGCAUCCUAUUUUUUGAGGGUCAGAGGUCCGGGAAACUACCAGCCACCCAACGUGUGUCUUGGAGAAAAGAUUCUGCUCUUCAAGAUGGUUCAGAUUGGAAGGUGGACUUGGCAGGAGGAUACUACGAUGCAGGUGACAACGUAAAGUAUACUUUCCCGAUGGCCUUUACCACCACAUUGCUUGCAUGGAGUGUGGUGGAAUACGGAAGAGACAUGGGAAACGAUGAGUUGACCCAUGCACUUGAAGCCGUACGCUGGUCAACGGACUUCUUGCUAAAGGCUACCAACCAAGAAAAUGUUGUUUCUGGGUUAGUAGGUGAACCAGUAGCUGAUCAUAAUUGCUGGGAAAGGCCCGAGGAUAUGAACACUCCUCGUACCGCUUUUGCGGUCACCGACAAGGCUCCCGGCUCCGAGGUUUCUGCCGAGAUCGCCGCCGCCUUGGCGGCUGCUUCCAUGGCUUUCAAAGAUUCAGACCCUAAGUAUUCGAAUGGGCUUUUGCAAAGGGCUUUCAAGGUCUUUGAUUUUGCUGAUAAGUUUAGAGGUUCAUACAACGAUAGCAUUGGGAAAUGGGUUUGUCCAUUCUAUUGCGACUUCGGUGGUUACCAGGAUGAUUUGAUUUGGGCUGCUGCAUGGCUUCACAAAGCUACAAAUACGGAAUGGUACUGGGAUUAUGUCAAGCAGAACAUAAAUAAUAUAUGGAUGGGUGCAACUGCGUUUAGUUGGGAUAACAAACAGGCCGGCAUAAACGUGCUCGCCUCUCAGUAUAUUCUUAAUGGGGGCGGUGGCAAAGAUUUCACCCCAUUCAUACCCAAUGCCGAUGCACUCAUUUGCAACGUUCUUCCCGAAUCGCCUUCAAAAACUGAGACAUUUACUCCUG